AUGGAAAAAGUCGCGGCGGAUCAUCCAGGUCGGCCGGGACCGACAGUCCGUCUGCUGCCAUCCCUGCCACGCACUCCGUUCAACCUCGAACCUCCAGUACCUGCACCAUGGACUUCAGCUACUGUUCGCCCUCUCUCAGACAUCAGAGAGCUCAGCGAACCCAGCCUCAUCAGCAUCGCAGCCAGAAACGCCGCUUCUCGAACCUUUCAGUCACGAAACGGCUCUCCUUCCUCGCGGACAAAGUUUACUCGUCCUCUUCCCCCCGUUGCGCCCUCUCACGUCGAUCCACCAGCGAUCAGAUCGCAGAAAAGCGCACCGAGGGCUCUGGAAAAUGGAUCCUCAUCAUACAGUAGCACCCCAGAGCAGUCGAGCCUGUACAGCAUCCCGCAUUCAAGCGUGCCUCAACGCACAUCCUCAAAUGCCCAUGCGCGUAGACCGAGUACAUCGCAGACGAGGAGUACCACCGCGCCGGUCCAGCAAGCGCCAGCUCGAGGUAUCACAGCUCGUCCAAAACCUUCUGUGGCCAACCAUGGCCAUAGCUAUUCGCCGGUCAAAGAGACGAGAUUGAGACUCGAUGCUCAUGGUUCAGCUGAGGCAAGACGAGUGCCAUCGCAGACCUUGAUAAGACAUCCUCAUCCUGUCGACAUCAUCCAAUAUCCGACUUAUCGUCAUCCUCGAGUCAGGCUAGAACUACAACUUUCGGCCCCGUUGUUUGUGGGUGGAGGAAGUAUCGAGGGCCAUGUCACAAUCACUGUUGAUAGCAACGACCGAAGCAAAUAUAGGCGAAGUCUGGAUAUUGGCGAGAUGGCGAUUGACUUGCUGGGCUUCGAAGAUGUGACCCACGGGCGUACGGCCACAUUCUUAGCCCUUGGGACUGAGCUCCUCGAUGCGAACCAUCCUCCGCCGGCUGAUACGGUUCAGCCGACAAAUAUCAUCACCACAGGUGACGGGUAUUGGCCACUUGCAGCUUCAUCGACCUUGCUACCCUUCAUGAUCAGUCUUCCCUUGGAAACUGGACCUCCGCCGUUCCAGAGCAAACAUGCAAGCAUUCGUUUCUUGUUGUCAGUGACCGCUAUGAUUCGCGACACUGGAAAGAGUUACAAGGUUCGAACUUCCCAAGACAUUCAGGUGCUAUCGACGUAUGAUCCGGAAAAAGCUUUGACGUCACUACCGAGUCCACUUACCGCAGCAGAUGAAUUUAUCAUGGCGCGCUUGCAUGGACUUGAAAGCGUUCGAGUUACGGCAGGCCUACACCGGCAAGUAUGGGUGAGUGGCGGUAGCAUCUUCGUAGACGUGUAUAUCUCCAACAAGACCCAAAGGCCGAUCAAGAAAUUGGAACUCACUCUCGAACGCGACAUCCUGUGCUAUAAGCAUGCGGCCGCGGCGACGAUGGAGAAAUCCGCAGUGCAAGCCAGGAUCUUUGAGAGCAACGACCGAACUAUUCUCGCACGGUCUCUAUUCAAAACAGGAACGGUAGGCUGGAAUGGCGUCGAUGCGCACGCUACAGACAUGAGAACAUGCGAACUUGAGCUCCCUCGUGGUCACGCUACCGUUCGUUGUGGAAAAUACUUUGAGGUGCGAUACUUCCUCAAUGUGACGGUCUUUAUUUCCACCACAAAGCUUGUGACGGUCCAGCUACCGAUCGUCCUCAUUCACAUGGUUUCUUUGGAUGUGGUUCCAAACUCGGUCGCGCAAGUUGCGGCCGCAAUUGAAGAGAAGCGGGCACAGAGCAAGCGAUCUCGAUCUAGAUUGCAAGACAGUAGCCAAAACAACCGGAGAAGAUCGAUGUCGUCUCCGGCUCAGACGAACAUGGUUCGGCGUGGACCUUCCUACACUCCGGGUCGAGCUUUUGCAGCCCCACGAGAACAGUCACGCGACAGGCAGAAGGAGCAUCGCAUCGAUCUCCAAAACUUGCAGCAAGUUCUCGAUGAGUCACCGCGGAGGAAUCAACCAUCACGACUCUUGCCGCGAAAAGGCUUCAGCAUCCGCAAGCUCUCCAGCAAGCAGACGCUUCAGAGUCCUUCGCCAGAGCAAAGGACCCCUUUAAGCGUCUUUGGCGCGAUGUCUUAUCGGACACCACCGAGACCGAGCGAAUUGAAAACCACAUCAAUACCACAGCCGCCACUGCGACGGAAGAAAAGCGAUCUUGCUCGUCCGCUAUCUGCAAAGGGUAUUCACUUGGGCGAUCACCCCGCCGGCCCUCGACCAAUGCCACGCAAACCCUUCAGCACAAGCUCGAUUAUCCGUCAUGCUACCGAUGUCAAACCUCCCGACGAGCCUGUAUCGGCGUCGUCCCCUCCGCCAGUCCAGGAACAACGACCGAGUACAGCGCAGAGCUUUCGUGAUCGAUUCGACCGAGGUCGAGGUGAACUACGCGCGGUGGUGGCUCGCAAGGCGAGCGGAAGGAGCUUGAAGGAGCGUGGUGUUGGGUGGUGGGAGGGACUCGUAUUGAGGAAAAGUCCUUCCAAACCGAAUGCCGGGCCAAGGCAGAUGCAUCCAAGGGAACGGGAGGAGAUAGAGCGGGCAGGAUGGAUCUGAUUUUGGACAUUAGAGGUGCUUUGUUGGUUGGCAUGAAAACGUGCGACGUGCCGCCUAAUGAGGAGUAUCUAGAACCUGCGAACCAUGACCCUGGUACAAGCUUAGGACUUGAGGGAAUGACAUACCGUUCAAUGGCAUCCUCAUCAACGUGUUCGCAACUGAAAGAGUAUCUCAUGUAGUGUCAAACAUGCUUGCUUUAUUCAAGAGUCACAAGCAGGGACUUAAUCCGGG